AUGGGGGUAUACGACGAAGCUAAAGUACGCAUCACAGACCUGCAGAAAAGAGCGAAACGUAUCUAUGAUGCAGGAGAGGCAAUGGUCGGGAAAGAACCGACAAAAACCGAAAGAACGAGAUUUAGAAUUAUGUUUGCCACUUUGGAGAAUUUAAAUACCGAUUUUGAAAGUCAGUUAUCAGUAAUUAUUCGGAACAUGGGUAAACCUGGAGUUGAAGUAGUUGACGCCGAUAAGUUACGAGAGGACUUCGAAACAGUUUACUUUGGUUGUAAAAUUUUGGCAGACGAGUACCUACCGGAAUCUAAUAAGCACAUAGGUUUAAAUGAUACCUUUAUUGACCAGAAACCCAGCGUAUCACCUGCUAAUUUUCUACCAAUUGAAAAGUUGGCUAUUCCAAAGUUUAAAGGAGACCCGAAAGAAUACACGAGUUUUCGUAACAUGUUCGAUAUCUAUAUACAUGACAAUCCACACAUAAAACCAGUGUUGAAGUUCGGAUACUUAAAAGGAUAUUUGGAAGGAGAACCUUUAAGACUGGUUGGAAAUCUUAUGUUGACUGAUAGUAAUUACGAAUUAGCGCUAUCCCAGUUAAAAGCUAGAUAUUCCAACCGUCGAGUCAUUACAGAAAGUCAUUUGGAUGAACUUUUUAAUGCACCCAAAGCUUUCCUUGGAAAUGGUAUUUCAAUUCGAAAUUUACUCAAUGUAGUUACUGAAACGAUCGGGGCUUUAGAAAAUCUCACGUACGCCGUCGACCAAUGGGACCCGAUACUCUUACACGUGCUACAGAAAAAAUUAGACCAACAACUUAGAGCUCAAUGGGAGCUAUCUGUAGAUACCACCGAAGAUCCUUCUGUGAAAGAGUUUACAGUAUUUUUGACCAAAUUUUGUAAAUCAGCCAUGACCGGACCGACGAAUUCUGUAUAUGAAAAAAGUAGUACCAAAAGUAAAUUUACCAAACCAACUACGUUAUUUAGUAGCCAAUCAGGAUCAUAUAGCACACCAGAAAAGACUAAGCAACAGGACCCAAGUGAGAAAAGGUCAUUUUCGUGUCAGGUGUGUAAAUUACAACCGGGUCAUUUACUCGUACACUGUUCUCAGUUUAAAAAAAACAGUCCGAAAGAGCGGCAUCAAAUCAUAAAAGAUUUAAAUCGAUGCUUUUUAUGCUUUAGUGAACAUUUAGCAAGUCAAUGUAAGAGUACCAAAUCUUGUAUGCAGUGUGGAAAAAGACAUCAUUCACUACUUCAUCUUAGUGAUACUGACAGACAAAUAGAUGAACCCGAAUCAACCACAUCAGCACAUGUCACUGUAGCAGCGGUCAAGGUGAAACACGGUCACGCGUCCAUUUUGCUAUCAACGGCUUUAGUGAAAGUGAAAAAUGAAAAUGGUGAAGUGAUAACCGUAAGGGCUUUGCUUGACAGUGCAAGUCAAAGUAGUUUUAUUACGGAAAGUUGCGUGUAUCGUUUAGGACUGUCAAGAGAGAAAACCAAAGUUACUGUCCAAGCGCUGUCGGGUACACCAGUACCGGUAGUACGUGGAAGUACCUCUAUAACAGUACGUCCUGUUUGUCAUGACAGUCCAAAGUUCGCAGUCAAUGUCCUCAUCUUACCUCGAAUUACUGGACCGAUACCGACUAACCGGAUUCAGGUCUCGCCAUGGCCCCACAUUGAAGGGUUGAAUUUAGCAGAUCCGGAAUAUUACGAACCAUUACCAGUCGAUUUAUUACUUGGAGCGGACGUUUUCCCCUAUGUUGUGUCAGGAGAGAAGAAAGAAGGUAGUAUAACUCAGCCAAUCGCUUUAUCAACUGUGUUCGGUUGGGUAUUGAUGGGCACAACAUCUGAUACGCCAGCAAAAAUGUCCGUCACUAUGUGCGCAACCACCGAGUCCGUGGACAGAACGCUUCAACGCUUUUUGGAAAUUGAGGAUGUUCCUACAGUGGUCAAAAGUAGUCCGGACGAAGAAGAAUGUGAAAGAAUAUAUAUCACUACUACGUCGCGGCAACCAUGUGGAAGAUACAUAGUUCACCUGCCCUUUAAACAAAAUCCACCAGUAUUGGGGAACUCCAGAGACCAAGCAGCACAACGUUUAUUCCAGCUCGAAAAACGGCUUGAAAAAUCUCCGGCAUUAAGAAACGAAUACAAUGAAGCGAUGAGGGAUUAUUUAAGAGCGGGCCACAUGAGUAAAGUGAAUCCAACCCUGACCGAUAGCCAGACGUCAUAUUACAUUCCGCACCAAGCGGUUAUACGUCCUGAAAGUUCCACAACAAAAAUGCGUAUUGUCUUUGAUGCAUCAGCGAAAACAUCUUCGGGUAAGUCCUUAAAUGAUAAUCUCCACUGUGGACCUAAACUGCAACAAGACCUACCGAGCAUCGUUCUUAGAUUCCGCCUUCAUGCAAUUGUGUUUACUACCGAUGUAAAACAGAUGUUUAGACAGAUAGUCGUCACUGAACCUCAUCGACCAUACCAGCGGCUUUUAUACCGAUUCAAUCUGAAUGAACCUAUUCAAGAAUAUGAGAUGAAUAUUGUCACGUUUGGUCAGAAAUCUUCUCCGUUUCUGGCUAUUCGUACACUCCACCAACUUGCACAGGACGAAGCUGCAACCGACCAAGCAAUAAAAACAAUUAUUCAACGUGAUUUGUACGUAGAUGACGUCACGACAGGGACAAAUACAGAAGAAGAAGCAUGUGUAUUGCAACAGAAACUCAUCAACAUAUUCGCAAAAGGCCAAUUUGAGCUACGCAAGUGGGCUAGUAAUUCUGCGAAGUUUCUAGGAAAAAUCCCAGAGGAGCACCAACAAACUAGCUCAAAGUCAUUUAAUGAACAUGGUUCGGAUUAUACCAAAGUACUUGGAUUAAAUUGGGAACCAGCGGCAGACCUAUUAAGUUAUAAGUAUCAACCUAACCCGAUAAAUUUCAGUAAGCGAGCCAUAUUAUCGGAAAUCGCCAGAAUUUAUGACCCGCUCGGCUUAUUGGCACCAGUCACAACGGAUCUUAAGCGACUAAUGAAAUAUUUGUGGAUAGCCGAGGUAGGUUGGGAUCAGCCUAUACCUGAAGAGGCUGCCACCUUAUGGGCAAAAUACCAUGAGGAGUUACCAGCUCUCGCAUCAUUGCGAAUUCCGAGAAGAGUGACCAGAACAAAUGCGACUUAUGAGUUACAUGGAUUCAGUGACAGCUCUGAGGCGGCUUAUGCGGCUGCUGUAUACUUACGAGUCGAUUCAGGCACUGAGGUCCAGUGCCAGCUGUUAAUGGGAAAAUCAAAGGUAUCUCCGGCCACGAAACUGUCCAUUCCGAGAUUGGAGUUGUGUGGAGCCUGGCUUUUAGCACGACUAUUGGCGUACGUCCGACCUAAUGUUGCAACUUUGAACAUAUCAAAUGUUACCGCAUGGACGGACUCCACGGUAGCCCUAGCAUGGAUUCGUUCUCCGACCGCCAAAUUGAAAACUUUCGUGGCAAAUCGCGUGGCGAAAAUCCAACAAAAUACCGAUGUCGGCAAUUGGCGACACGUACCGACUAGUGUCAACCCCGCAGAUUGCGCAUCACGAGGAUUAAGCCCAAAGCAGUUGGCAUCCCAUAGUCUUUGGUGGAAUGGUCCCAACUUUCUACGACAAUCUGAACAUUUAUGGCCCCAGGAGCUACCUAUGAACCCAACCAAUCACCGUGAUGAAGAGCUUGAGGAAAAUCCAAUCACUCUUGUGGUCCGAGUGAAAACCGAAGAAUGCCCAUUACUGUACCACUCAGAUAACUUCCCUAAAAUUCUGCGACUCACUGCUUACUGGUUACGUGUAAGAAAUUACUUGUCAAAUAAAUGUAAUUCAAUGCUCACUACGCCACCCACUGCUGACGAAAUUGAAAAGGCUGUUAAAGCUCAGGUACGGUGGACCCAGCAAGUAGCUUUUUACGACGAGUUCUGCAGUUUAGACGCAGGAAAAUCUUGUUCAGUACGUCUAAGGAAGUUGGCCCCUUUCUUGGAUGAUGACAAGUUACUCAGGGUAGGGGGUCGUUUGAAACACGCACAGAUACCGUACAAAGAAAAAUACCCUCUCUUACUCCCUAAGACUUCCCGUCUAACUACGUUACUGAUCGACUACGUUCACCGAGAAAAUGGUCAUCCUGGACCUCAAGCCCUUCAAAACAUUUUGAGCCAAGAUUACUGGAUAUUGUCUGCGAGAAGUAUCAUACGAAAACGGACCUAUAGAUGUAUUCCAUAUUUUCGAGCAAAACCAAUCGUUUUACAACCAGUCAUGGGAAACCUUCCAGUUCACCGGGUCUCUCAAAUCAAACCUUUUGGUCGAGCCGGGGUGGACUUCGCUGGACCAUUUGAAGUGAAAGCAGCUAUGUUAAGGAAGAUAAAAAUAACCAAAGCUUACAUUUGUAUUUUUAUUUGUAUGGCCACCACUGCCGUCCACAUUGAACUGGUGUCUGAAUUGUCCACACCUUUGUUCAUAUCCGCACUAAGCCGAUUUAUUAGUCGAAGAGGACGGUGUUCUGACAUACAUAGUGACUGCGGCACCAAUUUUGUUGGUACCCAAAAAUACUUGCAAAAUAUUGAUCACAUGCUUCGUCACGAUACCUUCGUAAAUCACCUCACCUCACACCAGAUAACCUGGCAUUUUAACCCACCGGCUGCUCCACACAUGGGUGGUCUGUGGGAAGCCGCAGUGAAAUCAACAAAGACACUACUACACCGGAUCACCAACGGAAAAGUGUUAACCUAUGAAGAGCUCAAUACAGUCCUUCAUCAAGUAGAGGCAACACUCAACUCACGACCACUCAGUGCCAUGUCUGCCGAUCCCAGUGACUAUAAAACACUGACGGCAGGCCACUUCCUUACGAUGGAACCACUGGUGCCCAUACCUUCCAUCCCCACGACGACCGACGCAAGUCAUAACCUAACAGUCACACCACGCAAUCGUUGGGCUUUGAUACAACAAAUCCAGAAUCAUUUCUGGAAUCGUUGGCACCGGGAAUAUCUACACACUCUCCAAGAACGACCCAAAUGGAACCGUGCAACCGUCAACAUACGUCUCGGAGCUCUGGUAAUCUUGAAGGAACCUACCCCGCCGCUCACUUGGAAAACUGCACGAGUGGUGGAAAUAUUUCCAGGCCCAGAUGGAGUCGUACGGGUAGCAAAAGUACGAACUGCCAAUGGAAAAAUAUUCACCCGUCCGGUAGUCAAGUUGUGUCCAUUGCCGCUAUAA